AUGGAUUUAGCUAUAAAAAUCUCACAAGGUCUCAGAGAAAAGAUCAAACCUAGUACACCUGAAGAAUAUGUAAAUAUUUUUACUGAGUGCUGGGAUAAUGAGCCGGAUAAUCGUCCAACUAUGAAACAAGUAGUUGAUAAAUUAAGUGUAAUCAUUACGAAAACCAACAUGAUGACAGAAAAUGUUCAAGUGAAUUCCGAACCAAAUAAUAUUGAAGAAAGGGUAUUUCAAACUAACAGGGGGUUUGCCUUGGGACAAUUACAAGUUGGUUAUUUCUAUCAUAAUGGAAUGGGUAUUGAAAAAGAUUUAAAAAUGGCUAUUUAUUGGUUUAUAAAGGCUGCGAAUAAUGGUAAUAUGAUUGCCAUAAACAACCUUGGCCUUUGUUAUCAUAUCAAUAUGGAGCAGGUAUUGAAUUGA